AUGAACAAUAUAAAGAUAUACGGAUGCAAAAACGUGACGAAUGUGUUUGCAAAAAAUAAAGAAAUUAAUGAAUAUAUAAAUGUUUUACAAUAUGUGGAUGCCUCAAAUGAAGGAGCUAGCCAUUUUGAUGUCUUCCUUUUUGACUACUUUGGCAAUGUCGCAAGGGAAGGAGUACCCAAUGAGGGGAAAGUUGCUCCCACUAGAGAAGGGCAUACUCCCUUUUUGAAUAGCCAAUAUUGGGGAGGGGCGGGAGAGACUAACAACCCUCAGGGAGGCAUAUUUGAACAAAAAAAUGUGGGUGAACAUAAAAGUGCGCACACUUCCUCAGUGGGUGAAGAACAAACGAGGAGUGGCGAGAUGUUCAUUUUGUACAAUCGUGUGUUUGACCCUGAAUUAGUAGGAAGCGCGUUAGGGGUAGACAUAUAUGAGCGAUCAAUGUGUGCCAACACUGUAGAAAACUCCAAGGAGAAGCUAAUUCUAUGUAGACGUUCUACCGAUGAAGACAUAAAAGAGAACGUCCAAAUGGCAAAAAUGAACUCAUCCUUUUACAACGACAAUGGGAACAACUCUCAGUUUAAACAAAUUUUUGAAGCCUUGGGUAUGGAAAGUUUAAGUUCCUUCUCGGGGACUCUCGUAAAAUAUCCCUUCGCAUCGCAAGUGUGUAUGCACGGAAUUUACGAGCAGUUAAUAAAAAUCACAACCGAAUUUAUGCUCUUGUCCCGGAAGGUAGAAACGUUUAAAGUUCAUAUGAAUGGUCAUUCGGUAUGCACCUGGGAGAGGAGCAAGAAUAGUAUUCCCAUUUCUCAUUUGGAGGGUGAGACACACUUAGUAAUUGAAGUGCCCUAUGUUACUGUACGCCAUAAGCACAAAGACGAAGUCACCCAGUAUGUUCUCCAUGCAAAUGGAAUAAAAAGUAGCAGCCAAGAGGAGGAAAUAUACUUUAUGCAUGUAAAUAGCCAAAUGGGAGAAAGAUCACAAAAGUGUAGCGAAAUUUAUGCGUUCCAAGGAGGGGGAGUUGUUAAUUGUCCGAGCUACAUACACACCGUGCAGGGUGUCAAUCCAAUGUUUAUAAAAUCGAAGAGUAGAAGGAAAAUCCAAAUGGCGGAUAUCACAAGGGGGUGGGAAGCAACUGCCAUUUGUGAUCUUUACAUGGAAUUUUUGCUACUUGUCCGUGAGCUAAACCUAUCCUGUAGUGCAUAUGAUUUUUCAUUUAAUUUUCCAGAGAAUUCACAGGUUAAUAGUUUUUGCGGCCUAUACAGACAAAUAUUUGAAGAAGAGAAAAAAUUAAAACUUUUUUUUAACGGAUAUUACUGGAUGACAUUCUCCGAAUGUGUAUUCGUUCCGUACGACUUGAAAAAUAUUUUUGAGAAUUGCAUCUCCGACAUUGUAAAACAUUCCGAUGUGAAGAAUUUACUCUUUCUUGACGAACGGGUGAAGAACGCUUUGUUCACUUAUUUGAAUACUCUAUGUGAGGAAAAAAAAAAUGCAUUGGCUGCGAAAAUUUGUAAGCGAAAUUUGCUCUAUAUAGAAAAUGUCCCUGAUAAGUUCAGACGAGCGGAUAAACACAACAUAGAUGAUGAAGUGGUGAAGAAAACUUAUCAAAAUAGGACAAAUAAAUUUUUGUGCGAAGUAGUCAUACAUAACGCUGUCUAUGUGCAGUUCGAAAAUUGGAUUCCCAUUUUGUCCCAUUUGUUGGAUCUGGGAGAACAGUCCAUAUCUGCAUGUCUGAAAAUUUCUCCUUGUUUCCCAAAUGAAGAAAAAGAGUAUAAGAGGCUAAGUGAAAUGAUAUACCCCGUGGACAGCAAUGAUUUUUAUGGGAUAGACAAUCAACCUUGUAGUGAAAAUGGGGUAGCACUCAACAUGGGAGGAGGAAAAAAUGAUGAGAGUUGGAAUAUUACGGAGGGAGGAAAUAAAUCUGGUGGAGACACCCACAUGAAGUACGACACUCAUGAGAUAAAAAACAAAAAAAAUAUUGGAAAGGAAAAACUGUUAAACUUCCAUUUGGUGAAGCAAGUUAAGGAGGAGGGAAUUGAAAAGAUGAAGUUGUUAGGUCUGACCAUCCUGGAAGAGCAGUACAAACUGAAUGAUGACAUAAACGAUAUUUUUCUCGAUUUGGACAAACUAUAUCGUAGCAUAAAUUUAUUCGAUAAUAAAUUAAAAGUUCUGAACAAAAUAAUUUACCAGCUAGAAAAAAAUAUACACCAUUUGGAAGACCCGCUAGUGCUGCAAAAAUGUAGGGAGCUUUUUUUUCUACCACUGUACCGCAGCAAACACUUUAGUUAUUCCUUUUCCCCCACGGGGGAUACUUCGGUAGAAGGCAGGAGCGCGCUAAGUAAAAAGGUCGUCAUUAGGGAGGCACCCAAUGGGGAUCAUUCAAAAAGGGGGAUGGUCAAAACGGAGGUCAUCUCGAGCAAUGACAAUAGUUCCAUCAGUGUUGGCCCCUUAAGGGAGACUAACAACAAUUCACCCCAAAAUAUCUCUGACAGCGUAAGGAAGAACGAAGGUAAAAGCACAGACUUUUGUGGAAAAACCCAAAACGUCCACGGAAAUUGUCUCAAAAAUGAGAACAAAAAUGAGAACAAAAAUGAGCACAAAAAUGAGCACAAAAAUGAGCACAAAAAUGAGCACAAAAAUGAGAACAAAAAUGAGAACAAAAAUGAGCACAAAAAUGAUAACAAAAAUGAACAGAAAGACAAAGACUUUGUCAAAAUAUGUGAUGCGUAUGAUAGGAAAUAUUUCAACGUAAUUUUUUUAAAGAGGAAAUGUUACCAUUUGGAGAAGUUGACUGUCUCCCCCAAAUUGAGGGACCUGCUCAUGUUGGAGAGGAGUCCCCCGUUGGCUGAGGUUCUGGACCACCUGGAAUUGCUCUGUAGGAAUUCCAAGAAUACGUGCUUUCAGAACGUGUCAAAGGUGUACGAUGAUAUAUAUGACCAUUUGGAGAAGUACAUUCUUCGGUACAAGUCGAGGGAAGGUCUAGUCGUCCCAGGAAAAGGUCCAGAGGGGAUGAUAGCAAGUGACACAGGAGUGUGUUUGGGGGACUCCUCCUCACAAGGUGAAUCUGGCAUGUUGGCCGAUUUUGUCCAAAAGAAGAAGUUCAUUUACAUAAAGAAUAAACUAUGGAGGGCAAAGGAUGUGUUUUGCAUUAAGUAUACCAUCCCCUUCAACCUCUUCCUGUGUGAACUCCCCAAACUGUACAAAAUGAAAUAUCCCAAUUUGAUUGAACUCAGUUGCGUGCAGGGAAGUCUCAAGCAUUCCAAGGUUGUUAGCAUCCUGGACAGAAUUGUGGACAAACUGAGGAGCAAAUUGGUUCGUCCAGAUGAGAAAAGGAAUGAAGGUGAGGGGGAGGAAGUACAAAAGGUGUACCUAUCAGGACUGCUAAAAAUAUCAUACAUCAACACGUUGAAUAUAAUUGAUGCUUCAGUUUGCGAUUGGGUACCCAUGUGUACAGAGGGAAAAAAAGAAAGUUUACAGACGAUGGAAAAUGAAAAGGGUCGAAUUUUGGCAAAAUUGAACCAAGUGGAUAAGAAGACAAAGUCUCAGCUGAAAUGUCCAUGCUUUGAUGACAUCUACCUUCCAAAUAGCAAACACCUUCUGAUGAAGAAGGAGAAGUUAACCUAUGUGAGUACCCCCCUAUUGUAUAAUAACAACUCACACAAAAGUGACAUCGUGCAUAGAGAUGUCAAGGAGAACAUCAUUGAUUUGUUGAAUGUUCCAAAAAUGGGAGAAAAAGAAAAUAUCGAAUUGGAUAGAGGAACACAGAAAAAUCACAAAAUCAGGUCGAACCAAGGGGACCAAAGUAGUAUGAAAAAAGGGCCUAUAAGAAGGCUCCCACUUGCGGGAAAUAAAACAGGGAAGACUACCCUACCGGCGAGCACCAUUAGCAAGACCAUAAAAACCCAAGUGGGGGGAAAUACACAAAUUACUAUAAACAACCAGGAGGUGAGUAAAAAAAAAAGGACAUCCCACCUAAUCGAGCAGAAGAAAAAGGAACAACUGAGGAGAGAUGUAAAAAAAGAUAAAGCAUCCACUGUUAAGGGAGAGACCAAAUUGUUACCUCCACAAAAUGGAACUCAUGUAAGAACAAAUAGGACCCAAAAAAAUGAGCUCCAGAAGGAAAAUAAAUUCAAUGAUAAUAUCCUAUUUAGAGAAAUAAAAAACUUGAUAUAUUUUCUAGAUGACAUAGGAUGCUUAGACAUAAAAUUGAUUGCGGAUAAAAGAACUUUCAAUUCGGAUACACUUCCCAAAGCGUUUCUAAAAAGGACUUGCUUGUGUCUGUACAUAAAGAUAAAGAAAGAACAGUAUGAGAAUCUCCUAAUUACAAAAAAUGAGGUAAAUACCUAUGCCAAUGCUCACAAUGUAGUGCGUAAUAAGGAAUACCUCAAUGCAGAGACGAACAAGUUAGAGUCACUAAAGUCGUGCAACGACUUGAUUUGCUCCUACCUUUUUGAAAACCUUCCUGUCGCCUUGGAUUAUUUGCUAAUUCGAAAUGGAAGCAGCAUCUCGGAGUGGUGUUCACGACAUAUCGAUGAGGUGCCGAAUAUUGAGCGCACCGAAGAGGCAACCAAUAAGGAGUGCAGCCAUGAGCAGAGUUGGGAUAACCCAGAUGAGAUGAAUACCCGCGUGAAGGAAGUACCGAGUGGAAGCCCACCAAAAAUGGAAUUUUCAAAUGGGAAAAAAUCGACUAAUCGUGGGGAUCAAGCAAAUUCCCAUCACAAUGACGAUGGCAACCUUGAGAAAAGCGCAACGAGCGGGCCCCCAAAUGUAGACGCACCUUCGCAGAGCCACAAAAGGAUUCUAUACAAAAAAAACCACAUUCUCAGCAAAAAGGAUGAAGAACUAGCCAAAGAUAUAUUCUUCUACAACUACUUUAGAACCGAUGAAAAGAACAAAUGGGAAGAAAAUGGCUACCUUCGAAAACAGCCCAAGGUGGGAGGUGCGAACAGAAGGAAGGAGGUACCCCUGCGGGGAGAAAACAAAUAUUAUGAGCAACCGACAACCGGAAUUAGAGGCGAAGAAUAUCCACUAGGAGCAAUUUCCAUCAGUGACGUAGAACAUUAUCCCAUAAAUAGAACAGAAAUGAAGAGAAAAUAUUCAAAUAUGGAGGAAAACCAAAUCAUAUGCAUUCGCCUGUACAAUAAACAGAAGCUAUCAAUAUUAAAAAUGAUUGAAAGGGUCUUUUUGGAGUGCAAAAAAUAUAGUGAAAAGUUUUUCUUCUUCUCUAAAAAUCUUCUAAAAUUGGAUAUUAUAAAAAUAAAUGAAAAGGGGGGGCGGGCUGAAAAUGCCACAAGUUUAGGGAUCUGCAUGUCUGACUAUCACUUACAUUUGCGGGAAAAAUUUUACAACGCCUCCAAGAAGAAGCAAUUGUACAGUUCGGGACAGAAUAAAGGGGAACAGAUAUCCUCAGAUGGAACGAAUUCCAAUAAUUUGGAAUUAUUUCUUCAGUGUCAAAUAUACAACGGAAGUAAAUCGAGCAGAUGGAUCAUUGGGUUGUUGCACGACGUCAGCAUAGCCAUUUGUUUCGAGCACUACCAAAUUUUCCGCAAACAUUUUCUGUUCCAGAAUUUUAACAUCGUUUCAAAUAUAGAAAACUUACCUAUGCAUAUAUGUUGCAACUUAUUCGACAAUAAUUUUUCCAAUUUGAAGAAGCUGAAAAAUGGGGAAGACCUGCAGGGGGUAAUGAAAAAUAUCUCCAUUUUGUAUGAACACUUUUUGAAGCUAGCCCGCAGAAAUGCAGUGAAGAAAUUGUUGAAACAGGAUUCGAGUAAGGUGCUAUACAAAUGUAAGGGGAAAUGGGUUAAAAGGAAGUUGCCUGAGAGGCCCAUGGCCAGCAGGAUGCGUACAAUUCGCCCCGUUAGCACAGUUGGCGGUGUAAGAAGCGUUAGCGGGGCUGACCUGAUGAGCAUUUCUAGCGUUACCAGCAUGGGGAGCGCCUGCUGGAUGGACCACUCAAAUGGUGAAAAUGCGCAGAAUACCCUGAAGGAGGGAAGUGAAAGCGUAACCCUAGACUACAUAUACAAGGUAGACAAAAGGGAUAUUAAAAAUUUUAGUGAAAUAUAUCAAAUUUUUAAAACCAAGUAUCUUAAUUUUAUUCCGAAAAAAUAUGACAAGAAUGACUUUUUCUGUUCAGUUGUUAAAAAUGUUUUUUUAAAUUGCCCAGAACUUCAAAUUUUGCCUUGUUUAAAGAAGAAGGAAAAGAUUUACGCCCUGUACUGGUCCAGGAUGAAUGACUGCAUCAAUGUCUACCCCUUCUGCAAGUACUUGAACCAUAUCACAUUCUUCCUUCUGGAUUUGGGCCUCACCGUUCUCUUGCCCUACUACGAAAUUGACAACAUUGUACAUAUGCAUAAAAUGGUUAUCUCCAUGAGGGAGGCCGAUUCGCACAUGGGUUCGGAGAAAAAACAACCUACCAGCGGAUGUGGUGGCGAGGACCUUUCUGUAUACAUGAAGGAAAAGCAGGAAGAUCAAGAUGUUCUCAAAACAGUGACUCAUGACGACAACAUAUCAGAACAUGUUGUCAAUUUAACACCAGGUUAUUUAAGAAAUAGGAUAAAGAAACAUAUGUCCAUUUACGUCAAUUUUGUGAAGGAAUGUCUGAGUGAGAAAAACUUUUCCACGGUGAUAUAUUUUCUGGAUUAUAUUUUCUCUGAUUUUAAAAAACAUGAAUUAUAUGACACGUUGGUGAAGGAGAUCAAAUGUAUACCUCUCCUAGUCAUCCUUAAUUUUGACACAUCGUAUUUGAAGAGGAAGUUGGAAGGAUUCUUACCUUCCAGCGCGGUGUUACCUGGGCAGAGACCCUCCACCAUUAGAGGAAAGGAAAAGUUAACGGUGGAAAGGGAAGGAAACUCCUGUGGCAGUAACGAAGAGGAGACAUCCAAGACCAAGUGCGAUGAGGGAGAUAUGGACGGACAUUAUUAUGACGAUGGGAAUGUUGGCGUAAUUGUGGAUGAUCCUAAUGAAGACGCAAAAACGUUGGACUGUGGAGAAAGCACUGGGUGUUUCUUCCCUAAACAGAGUGAUCAAUGGAAGGGAGAAAAAAAUCACGUCGUCUGCAUAAGCACGGAUAACUUUCUCAAAAUUAAAAACGGCAAUUUCGACACGGAAGAAUUUUUCAAUUAUGAUUUUAUUCACCUCAUUAAGUAUGAUGAAAAUGGAAAAAUUUACACAUCAAAAUAUUUUUAUUUGUUUAACUUAGAUAGCGUAACUUUUAUAAACGUCCAUUUUUACUCUUCGUCGAUUUUAUCUGUCUUCCUGGAUACCCAAAUUGUGGUCAACCUGAAUUUUAGUAAUUUAUCCCAGGUACUGAAAUAUAAUUUGUACCCUUCCAUUUUUCACCCUUGCUCCCACCUCCAUGGAAAAGAUGACAUUGGUGAUGGAUUUGGUAGUGACCAGGGUGAUGAUUUCGUGCGCUUCCGGGGGGAAGGAGAACUAACCCAGCCACGAAAGUAUACAGAGUGCCAUGUGAAAACAGAAGAAAACGAGAACCCAAAUAACGGUCCACUGUAUAACUGCAUACAAAUCGCCUACGACGCAAAUGUCAUCAUUUAUAGUAGACUUCUGUUGGACAUGAUAAGCGAGCUGUGCAGUGGACAGCCUUACAAGAGUAUCGUGCACACGCUGAACAAUUUCCGCCUGAUUAUCACAUUUGAUGAGGAAACACGGAGUGCAGAGAAUGCAUAUAUGUAUGUGCACAUCUGGAACGAUAUAAAGAAUAUCCUGAGCUUCCACUUCGGAGACCCCCGCAUGGAAGCUACUUUAUAUUUAUUGGGAUACAAAAAAAUGUACCCCAUCAUGUCAGAUAGUUCCAUCUUUACACAGUACCUAAUAAAUGAUUAUGAAGAUGCUAUGUUGUCCUUAUAUCUAAAUGGGGAUAUUCUGAACUGGUCAGCACUGAACAUGGAGGAUAUAGAUUUUCUGCUGCAUGCUUUUCUUUCUACCAUCAAAUUUAAUAGUAAUAAUAUUUUUUAUUUUAAAGCUCUGCCCAUUUUUUAUUGUUUAAAUUGUUUUGAAUACAUCAAUUUGGCAAACAGGAAUAGGAAGUACAUUGUGGUGUGUACGAACCAUCUGCAGUUGUUCUCGCGUAUACUGUCACAGCUGCGUAUGGGUAGUAGUACGAGGGAGAGGGAGACUGACAUGGAGCCGAAGGUCAGUAGGGAAUGUUAUAUGAAUGCCUGUGUUGGGGGUUCUACUAAUGGGGCAAAUGGAGUAACAAUUACAGAUUUGCGUGAAGGUAAUAAAGAGGAAGGGCAUGCUGAGUACGGUGGCGCUGAUCAGGUAGACGCCCUUUCCGAGGCUUCACCCAUGAAGAGAGGUACAAAAGAGGACAAUUUCUCAACAGUACACAAGAACGAAACGGGCACGCCGAUGAAGUACACUUUCCUGCAUCACUCUAACGUUAAAAUAAACUACUGGAAACACAUCAACAUCGAAUGCUGGUGCGGAUAUGACAUCAUCGCUAAUUUUAUGUUACAAUUGGUACGAGAUUGCAGUGAUGAAAAACUAUUUCACUACAUUGUGCUUUUUAUCUACAAGGAGUAUGAAGACAUGAUGGAAAGGAAAAUUAAUGAAACAAAAGUUAGGGUGGAAUUAUAUUCUGACAACAUCCACAAUGUGUAUGGCGAAGAUAAGGUGGACGACUUGGAGAAUCGAUAUGGGGAAUUCCAGAUGAAGAUUUUUGGAGAGAUGAAACAAGUACGAUUGAAGUUUAGGGGAUAUGUACAAAUUUCACAACUUUACAACGCUAACAGUGACCUGUUUAGGGAGUUUAUAAAUGACAACAAAUUAUUUCAUUUUGUACAUUUGACUAAUUUAAAAUAUGAAAAGGAGUUCUUGGAAAAGUUACAUUUUCAUGUGAACCCUAGCAUGACCGAGUUAAAUAAUUUCCUUUACAUUUUAAUUAAUGUUGUAAAGAGAACAACUAGCGAAGGCGCUUUGGACUUGAUAUCUAUUGAAGACAUUUUUCACGAUAUCUGCGUAGAUAAUAGUAGGUAUGACAUAAAAUUUGAUGAAGGUAAUUUGGAUAACAAAAUGCACUCCUUACUGCAAUAUGCAGAGGAGAACUUCGAGAUGCUCCUCCAAAAGAGGGACGAAAAUUUUGCCUAUUUAAUGGGAUCCUUAAUGGAGCUUUUACUGAAUAGCAAGAGAUUUGCAUGGGCGGCUGGUGCGUAUAAAAGGCUCGAAGGUUAUUUCGUGCAAAAGGGAAAAAUUAAAGUGGGGUAUUCGAUAGAGGGGACAGGCGCCAUCAGGGGGGGACAUGUUGGAGAAACGCGCAAAAAGGAGGAGGACGCGAAGGCACAGGUGGGACAAGCAAUUGAACCAUCUAUUGAAGCAGGCGUAGAAGUAGCAAUAGAAUCAACUGUGGAAGAACAAAAUUGUGCCGUCGAAAACAAGUGCAAUGCCGAGCGCAAUAAAGAGGAGGAGAAACUUUCCAAAGGAAGUAACGGAAGGGAAGGGGGGGAAGAAGCAGGAGUCCUUCCUAUUCAUGCACCAGAAGGGAGCGUCCAACUUAAUAAGUGCAAAACCCUAUGA